AAAAAGUCGACAAGCAUUUCUCUCGCGAUUACACUUCACCACCACGAACCCCCCGAUAAUCGACACCUCGAGUAACGCGAGAGUCCUUUCCUUUUUGUUGAUCGGCGCAUAGAUUCCAUAAUGUCAUUACAUAUCUCCCGCACCGUGCUGCGGCAAUCUAUGAAGGCUCCUGGACGGGCGGCACGAAGAUUUGAAUCUACCUCCACUAAGGCCACCGAAGCAGCAAAAGAUACUGCCUCAAAAGCUUCAGAGAAAGCAUCAGAUUUCCAGUCGAAAGCUAGCGAGGGUCUUUCUCGUGUCACUUCGUCAGCAGGACCUGCUAUUUCGGGUGCUGCCAAAAACCUUGGAAAUGCCUUGGGAAAAGUUGGGGGAAGGACUGGAAGAUUGAUUGCCUUCAUUGAGCGUGAGCCUUAUCCGCAUUCGCGUGCAAAGAUUUAUUUCCGAUGGUUUUAGAGCUCAAUGGCUAACUUUGUGUGUAUAGGACAAAUCCCACCAACCAUCUAUUACACUCGUGUUGGAUUAGAGCUCACCAAAUUAGUUAUCCAAGGUCAAAAGAUGGCACCUCCGUAAGUUGGACAACGAAGUGUGCUUUUACGAAACUGUGAGCUGACUUAUGGCUUGCAGACCAGCCUCGACAUUCCAAUCAUACUUCCAAAGAUUCGUAAAGGGAAUUCGAUCCGGAAACCCGAGGUCAGCUUUCAGUUCAGCAGCAAACUCUAGCACCGCCACACCUACAGGUUUGCUAGAACAAGUCCGAAAUAUCAGCAAAGCCCAGGUGGUCUCGGGUGGUGUUAUAGUCGCUGAGGUUUUGGGGUUCUUCACAAUUGGUGAGAUGAUCGGUAGAAUGAAGCUGGUAGGAUACAGAGGAGACACCGGAGCUCAUCACUGAUCUGAGCGUGAUAAAGAGGCUGUGUAGGACGUGAAUGGAAGUCUUGGUGAAGUGAACGGAAAGGGGCUGGCAUUCUACUUCCACCGCGGCAUGAGAAGUUGCGGAUGGUGAAAUCGAGGUGCAUUUGCACAUAUCCUGAUACAGAUUUCUUUGUACUCGUAGAACUAUGUCUGUACAUCACAAAAAUAAACAGCAUAAUGGUGGUUUAGAGACUUUCUGUCCCU